CCGCCGGGGCCUGAGCGCUGCGGCGCGUGCGCGAGCGGUGCAGCACCGGCCGCGGGAGCCGGGAGUAUUAUGGGCUGUGGGUGCCGCCGAACAAGAUGGAGCUGUCUGCCGUGGGCGAGCGGGUCUUCGCGGCCGAGUCCAUCAUCAAGCGGCGGGUCCGCAAGGGACGCAUCGAGUACCUGGUGAAAUGGAAGGGGUGGGCGAUCAAGUACAGCACCUGGGAGCCCGAGGAGAACAUUCUGGACGCGCGGCUCAUCGCGGCCUUCGAGCAGAAGGAGCGGGAACGUGAGCUGUAUGGGCCCAAGAAGAGGGGACCCAAGCCCAAAACUUUCCUCCUGAAGGCCCGGGCCCAGGCCGAGGCCCUCCGCAUCAGUGAUGUGCAUUUCUCUGUCAAGCCGAGCGCCAGCGCCUCCUCGCCCAAGCUGCACUCCAGCGCCGCCGUGCACCGGCUCAAGAAGGACAUCCGCCGCUGCCACCGCAUGUCCCGCCGGCCCCUGCCGCGCCCGGACCCGCAGGGGGGCAGCCCGGGCCUGCGCCCGCCCAUCUCGCCCUUCUCCGAGACCGUGCGCAUCAUCAACCGCAAGGUGAAGCCCCGCGAGCCCAAGCGCAGCCGCGUCAUCCUCAACCUGAAGGUGAUCGACAAGGGCCCGGCGGGCGGCGCGGGCGGCGCGGGCGCGCUGGCCCGCCCCAGCGUGCCCUCCCGCAACCGCGUCAUCGGCAAGAGCAAGAAGUUCAGCGACAGCAUCCUCCGCACCCAGAUCCGCCACAUGAAGUUCGGCGCCUUCGCCCUCUACAAGCCCCCGCCCGCGCCCCUGUCCUCCCCGGCGUCCGCGCCCGCGGGCAAGGCCGAGGGCCCCGGGCUGCGCCUGCCCGCGCCCGCCCUGCCCGCGCCCUACGACGCCCGCAGCUCCGGCUCCUCCGGCUGCCCCUCCCCCGCGCCGCUGCCCCCCGACCCCGACGACGCGCCCCCCAAGCUGCUCCCCGAGACCCUGAGCCCCGCCGGCCCCGGCUGGCGGGAGCCCGAGGUGCUGGACCUGUCCGUCCCGCCCGAGGCCCCGGGCCGGCGGGCGCCUGCGGACGCGGGCCAGGGCCAGGCUCCGCCCCCCGCCGCCGCCGCGGGAGCCGCCUCCGAGCCCGAGGCUGGGGACUGGCGCCCCGAGAUGUCCCCCUGCUCCAACGUGGUUGUCACCGACGUCACCAGCAACCUCCUGACGGUCACCAUCAAGGAGUUCUGCAACCCCGAGGAUUUUGAGAAGGUGGCGGCUGGGGUGACGGGUGCUGCCGGGGGCGCGGGCGGCGGGGUGAGCAAGUGAGGACGCCCCCCUCCCCAGGGGCGCCCGCCCGCGCGCCCACCCGUCUGCCUGUGCUUUGCUUGUCUCAGACGGCUUGGGGCUGGCCCUGGGAUGGGAUGGGAUGGGCAGGUGGCCCCCAGAGCGCCCCGGGGGGGCCGGGCAGCCCUAGGCUGGGUGAGGGCAGGGGUGGGGCACACCCCCAAAAGUGCUCCCUCCUGUCUCUCAGGCAGCGUCCCUGCCUGUGCGCAGUGACGCCCCCGAAGCCAGGGUUCACCUGCUCACCUCCCACCCCAUCUCUCCCUAGCUUGCUUCUUGCUCUCGUGUACAGCAUCUGAUCUCGGUGCUAACCCAGCAGCGUCGGGGCUCGUUGGGGACCCUGCCGGCACUGCGGGCGCAGUCCCAUGCACGGCUUCCUGUGCAUGGCAGCGACCCCCGAGAGCGAGGGCUCCUGCCGCACACAGCCCCGCCCUCCACACCAGCGUGGCCCCAGGUCCACUUCUCCGGGCUGCCCGCUUCUGGACCAUGCCCAAGCAGACCCCUUUGUGCCCCCCGCCCUCCAUGUCUUUGGGAAGGCCCUCUUGAAGGUCUGAGGGGCUGGCUGAGAUCCACCAGAGGUGCUACCGGAGCCUGUUGUGGAAGCGCAGAGCUGUGUGCGUACCUGCUCCUUGGCCUGCUUUUAUGUGGCUUCGCAUGUGCAUUGGAUGCUGGGUGCCCGCUUUUCCAUUGCUCAGCUCAGGGUGGCUAGAGGCUCAUCAAGGGGUGGCCUGGGCCUCCCUCACCCUCCCAGCCCAGGUGUCCUGGGUGUUCUGAGCCCCCGGAGCCCUCUGGUUGGGGGUGGUCAGCCCAGUAGCUGGGCCUUCACUGCCCAUGUGGCGUGGGGGGGAUGAUGGUAGGUAGGGAGUACUCCAGCCCCCCAUUCCUCCUCGAGUUUGGGGAGAGAGGGAGGAGGCCUGGACAUCUGGGGGGCUCCAGCUUCUCCCACCCCUCUCGAUUGCUUCUGACCACCAGGGCAUUCUCCCAGCCCGAGGCCCUCCGCGCCCUGGCAGGAGCUGUGUCCUUGGCUGCCAGGGAGCAGAGGCAUGCUCGUGUCCACAGCAAAGACCAAAGCCCCGCUGUAGACCAGGCACAGGAGCACGGGCAGGCCAGAGAGCACCAAGGAGCCUGUCCAGGAGCGUGAGGCUGCCUCCCCCCCCAGGCAGGGUGGAGGCUGCUGCCCAAGAUCCCCUCGAGCAUGGAUGGCACAUCCCUGCGGGUGACUUGAGCUAGCUUCCGGUGUGCGUGGCCAUGGGCACGCUGUCCAGUGGCUCGCUCCCAAAGGCAGGUGGGAGGAGAAAGGGAACAGCGCAGAUGAUUGACAGCACCUUGGUCCUUAGGGGAGGGCCUUGCUCAGCCCCCUGCCAGGAGCUCAGCCUGGGUAUAAACAGGGCCCCCCCACCCCCACAGGGUUUGAGGGUGACACUCCUGAGACACCCCCUCCCCCCCCAUCUUACCCUUGGUGUUAGCUCCGAGACCGUCCAAGUGCCAAUUGGCUUUUCCCCAAAAUAAGGGCUGGUGUUUCUCCUCUGCCCACAGAGGCGAUUUCUCCCCGCCCCCUCCCCAGGCGCACGCCGCCUGGUGCCAGUUACAGGUGUUUGCAGAGACCAUAGAAAUGUGUUUUCCUGAGAGUCUGUGUCAUUCGUGACUUUUUUUUGUAAAGAAAUUGUGUUUUCACAGGUGAUUUUAUGACAGGAAAGUGAAAGAAUUAGUUUUGCAAAAAAGAAAAAAAAGCAAAAAAAAAAACAAAAGAGGAAAAAAUAGAAAAAAAAAUUCCUAAGGGAGAGGGGAGAGAGCUAUUUAAAGAGAACCAAGUAACGCUGUGAUUGCACAGGUAGGGGCAGGGGGCAGGGGGAAGGGAGUUGGCAGCCUUGGGGUGGAGGUCUGGGCCUGGCCUGUGGGGAGGCCCAGGGAUGGAGGCUCCCUCGAGACUGGGCCCCUGGCCCCUCGGUCCCUCUGGGGCUCCAGCUGGGUUGAGCCUUCCUUGCCUGCCACUGCAGUCCUUGUACAGAGGGAAGGCUGAGAGCCAGGCCCAAAGGACCAAGGGGAAGCUGGGGCGAAUGGAGCUGAGGUUUGGGAGGGGUGGGGGCCGCGAGGGCUGGCUCCAGGAUGGCUGGGUGAGGAGAGUGCUUGCUUGCUUUCACCUCCAUUCCUUUGUCAACUUGUGGGGCCUACCACCAUGGUUCCUAGUUGGCAGCUUCCUAUCCCUCUCCCCCCCCCCCCGCCCCACCCAAAGACCUUGACACCCCUGAGUUUGCCUGACUGGGGAAGGGCCUGGGGCUUGAGGGGCAAGUGGUAGGCUCCUUAGGUGGUGGCCGACUGGGUUAGCUGGGGAGAAGGGAAAGCCUUUCACCUGGUGGGUUGCUGCCCUGGGCCACUGGACCCCAAGCCACGUGUGCCCAGCUCCCCUGGGGACUCAGCCCCCUGACGCCCCCACACCUCCCCGCACACUUGUAGGGAUCACCUGCCCCUUGCUGCUUUUCCACUUGCUUAAUUACCAAGCAGAAGUUGCAAUCUGGUUUGCUUUAUUUUUGUAUGUGAGGUAACACCCUCGGCCUGCUACUGGGUGGGCUUUGCUCGCGUUUCCAUGGAGCCCUGCACACCCGGGCGUCUCCAGCUUGAGAUGGGACGCUGGGCCUGUUCUUGUCUUCUUGCCCCCUUCUGACCUCCAUGUGCCCCUCUGUGAAAGGGGUAUGCUGGGCAGCCAGGCCUUGGCAUGAGGCCCUCUGGUGCUCCACUCUGGUGCUCCACAUUGCUGGCUCCCUAGACUCAGUAGGAGGAGGGGGCAAAGGUGCUUCCCGGGGCCGUGAGACUAGGCCUCAGGCUGCCCUGGCCUUUGGGGAGUUGAGGGGUCCCAGAGCUGGGUCAGCUGACAGGCCUGGGCUGCCGCCAGCCCUUCUGACCCUGGGACCCAAGAGAAGGCACCCCAUUUCCUCACUUUUCUAGGUUUUGUUUUGGUUUGCACUUCGCCCAUGCUGGAUGGAGGGGCCUUGCCGGCCCGUUUCUGCCCUCCAUCUCGGGCUCCGUGCCCCCCCCCACUUGCAUGGUUCAAGGAAUCACUUUUUUUUUCUUAAAGAAAAAGGAAGAUGUUGAAGGGUUUGCUUUUCCCCUGCACCUCCUUUCAACUCAGAAGGCACAGAAUCAGGGGUUAGUGCUCCAGGAGUGGGGCUCCCCGUUCCUCCCCCUUGCCAAAGGUCACCAACAUGCAGCAGCAGGGGCUGGGGGGACCCUCAUUUCUUGAAGGAGUCAGGACUCCCACAAUGAGUGCCUGCUGUAUGCAGAGCAUCAGCCAGGCAGCGCGGGGGGCGGGGGCUCGGCGUUCUGCAGGGGAGCCCACUUCCUGGGGGCCACUCAGAGAAGCGGGGUGCCCUGCCCGCCCUCGCCGGUGGUGGAUGGGAGGUACAGACUUACGUUGGUUUUAAUUUAAACACAAAAGGCCUAAAGAAAUAUGUAUCUUAUAAUUUUUUUUAAUUUUUCGCAAAGCUCAUCUAAUGACUUGUGCACGAAUGAAUUCUAUAUAUAUAAGAUAGACGUCUAUAGCUCUAUGUGGGGGAGGGGCACUGUAUUCUCUCUCGCGUUGCGUUUUAAAACGAAGCGUUGUUGCCUUUGUCUGUGGUUCAACCAUCCAGCUCCCAGCUGGCUAAACUUUGCCUCCCGUGGUUAAAGAUGGGGGUUUAGUAGGGCAGGAGAAGGCCGUGGGGGUGCUUCCCCCCCUCCUCCCUGCCCCACCCUGGGGAAGACAGCCUAUUUGGGGUGUGGGUUUGGUUUCGUUCCAGGUUUGGGGAACUCUGGGCCAGGGGAGGGCGGGUUCGUGCUGAUGACUCUGUCUUGUACGUUUUGUUCUGCUGCUCAAUAUUGUAUCGAUGCCAGGAAAGGGGAGUGGAAGCCUCUUUCACCCCCAAAUAAAUUGUCACAUUCCGAA